AUGACUCGCCGGAUUACAGAUACGGAUACGGAACCCAUCACAGUAAAUCCAGGCGUCCGGAGGCAGACAAUGACCUCGUCGAUAAUCGAAAAUAUCGACGAAGUGCAAGAAGACUCUCAACGACCAAGGAAGAAGGCCAAAACUGCACAGUCAAAGAAUGCUACUCGAGUCGCUCAUGACGACGGAUAUGCUGAUGGCUCCAUCCUACGAAUCAAAAUGAAGAACUUUUUGACUUAUAAUCAAGCCGAGUUCUUCCCUGGUCCUCAUUUGAACAUGAUUAUUGGGCCAAAUGGAACUGGAAAGAGUAGUGUGGUAGCUGCUAUUGUCACUGCCCUCGGUGGAAGGCUCAAGUUAUUGGAUCGUCAUGACAGAUCUGGUGAUUUGGUCAAGAAUGGCGAAACAGCUGCCGAGGUCGAAAUCGAAAUCAAGCAUUCACGUGGCAAUCUGACCAUCAAUCGGAUUUAUACUAAAGGAGCCAAUGAUUCUCAAUUCAAAAUCAAUGGCAAACCUUCAACUCUUGCCGAAGUGAAGAGACGUGUUGCUGAAAUGAAUAUUCAAAUGGACAAUUUAUGUCAAUGUCUGCCACAAGAAAUGGUCGGAGAGUUUGCAGAGUUGAAUGCUCAACAGCGACUUAAAGAGACUCAACGAUGUGCUGGCGAAGCAGAUUUGACUAAAUGGCAUCAGCAACUCAUUGAAGCUAAACGUACCGAGACUGACCUAGCACAGGCUGUUCAAAGAGAACGUGAUUCACUAGCUGAUGAUAAACGUAGAAACGAAGCCAUAUAUGCUCGAGUCCAAGGAUUUCGUAAUCGUGAAGCUGCAGUCCGCCAACUUGACGUGCUCGAACUCAUCUACCAAUGGAUAUUAUAUGAUGAAGCAAAGCAGAAAGCACUGGACAAGAGCGCUGAAGUGGAAAUAUUAAAAGCCCAACUUGCAGAAGCCAAGGAACGUAAUGAGCCUUCCAGGCUCCGACUAGAACUCUGCAAAAACCAAGCCGCUGCUGCCAAAACUAGUAAAGAUAAGGCCAUUCAACAGUAUGAGAAAGCAUGUGGCGAUAUUGAUAAGAAACGUGAAGAAUUUGAUAGAAAGGAGGGAGAGGCAGAUAAACUGAAGCUUGAACGUAAUGCUGCUGCUGACGGCGCUCGACGUCAUGACGCAGAGGUGGCCAGGAUUCAGAGAGAAAUUGACAAUGCUAGUCGUCAACGCGAUCAAAUGCGUGACGAAUUGGCAGCAUUGGGUUUAGAUGUCACCUCCAACCAACUGAUUGGUGGCCGUCUAGCUCAAAUAUCUGCUGAAACAGAAGUUGUCCGAAACAGGACAAAUACCUUAGAACAGGAACGGGAUACUCUUACUAGAGAAGAUGCCACCAUUCACAAUAGAAUUCAGGAGUCGAGGCAACAAGAAGCCAUAUGUCGUGACGAAUUGGCCAAGUUGGAUAAUCUUGAAUUGCAAAAGGAACACCUGUUAUCCAAUAGACCAAAUACCCAAAUUUUUGCACGUGCCAUGAAAUGGUGUCAAGAUAAUCCCAAUCGAUUCCAAGGAAGAGUAUAUAAACCCGCCAUUCUCGAAAUCAAGGUUACCGAUCCUAACGUUGCAAAUCAAGUCGAAUCUGCUAUAGGAUUCUUACCUAGCAUGCAAAUUGUGGCUACUGAUACGGGAGAUAUGAAUCUGUUGGUCAAUGAACUUGUGUACAAUCAAAAGUUGAGAGUCGCUAUUUCUGAUGUUCCACAGAGACUCAGAGAAACCAACUUUGCGCCGCAAUAUACCAAAGAAGAGUUGAGACGAGCUGGAUUUAUUGGCUAUGCGAAAGACUUCAUUGAAGGACCUGAAGAUCCUAUAGCUUUUAAAGAUGCUGAUGUUAAACCAGAUAUUGCUAAAAAUAUGGGAAUCAACUCGUGGAUCACCGCUGAGAGCUCCGUAAUUUUCAGGAAGGCAUAUGGCUCAUCAAAUACCACUUCUACUGGGAUUCAUCCUGCUCAGUUUCUCACUCUCGAUGUCAAUGCUGAUCAACGAGUUGAUCUGCAACGCAGUCUUGGUCGACUCGAUGCUUCCUUGAAAGAUGACCAAGCUAGACGACAGCCAACUAGAGACAGACUUUCUCAGAUUGAAGGGCAGUUGCGGGAGCUACGAGGCCAAGAGCAAACACUUCGUGAAGAGAGGAAUGGUAUAUUUGCCAAGCAUAAAGAGUAUAGGGCUAUCAAUGGAAGGCUUGAUGCCGGAAACACCAGUUUGAGGAACAAAGAGAAAGAAGCGCAAGGUCGAACUGGUCGAAUCGCAAAAUUGGAGACCAAUCUCUCAACAAUAGAAAAGGAGCGCUUCGCUCUCGCUAUCGAACUACAAAACUUGCGUUCGCUCAGCACUAAAAUGCAUGUGAAUGAGAACAUACCUGCUCAAUUAGCUUGGCAUCAAGCUGAAGCUGAUCGACAGGUUGCUGAUGAAGAAUUUCAACAACUUCAGGCUUCGAUUCAAGAAAAGCAAAUUGCUGUCGACCAAGGGAAAAAUCAGCACCAGCACCUGGUACAAAGGAGAAAGGCUGCUCUUGCUAACGUCAAACGUACUGAUGGUGCCUUUGUUGACAAGCAUCAAGCGCGAUGGAGUCCGGAAGAGAACGCAUUGGGUGAACGACUUCAGGCGUCAGCCAAACUCCUUGAAGUACCCACUAGUGAAAUCAAUGAUCUCGUUACGCAAGCUAGAGCAGCUGUAGAAAUGAAUUUGAAUAAUGAUGGCAAUGUGGUUCAGGAAUAUGAGCAACGAAAAGCUCGAAUUGAAGCUGCUGAAGUACGCCUAGAAGAGAGUCAAGAAGCUCUGAGUAAUCAUAAACAAGAGAUGCAAGCUGUUCGUGAUUUAUGGGUUCCGGAAAUAACUGCCCUUGCUGCUAAAAUCAAUGAAAAAUUCAGCCUCUUGUUUAAACGCAUUGACUGUGCUGGAGAAGUCAAAGUGUCUGAGAAUGAAGACUAUGACAAGUGGGGAAUUGAAAUCCUUGUGUGUUUCAGAGUCGGACAAGACCUCAAAGAACUGAGAGCCAAAGUACAAUCUGGUGGAGAACGAGCUGUCUCAACCAUGCUCUAUUUACUUGCUCUACAGGAAUUCUCUCGUGCUCCCUUCCGAGUAGUUGACGAAAUCAAUCAAGGAAUGGAUGCUUUAAAUGAACGAAUGAUGCACAAGUUGAUGGUGGAAGGUUCAAACCGCGAAGGAUCUGCGCAAUACUUUCUGAUUACACCAAAACUCUUGCCAGACCUUGAAUUCAACGAGCGAAUGAAGAUUCUUUGUAUCUACAGUGGUCCUGUUGUCCCAAGCAGGCAGCAAGUUGUCGAUGCCGUCUCCAGGAAAAAGAAGCUUGAGAAUGAUCAACCACCGUCAGACAAAGAGAAUGGCGGCGGCAGGAGCAGUACUGAUCAGGAAAUUUGA